AUGAUUGUCACUCGUUCUGCUUUGAUGCUUCAUCUCCAAAACCCACCAAUUCGCUACCACUUCUUCUCCCACUUUCUCAAACCCACCUUCCCUUCUCUGUUCAAACCUCGUCCUUUCUCUCUAAACACUCCACGCCAAGCACAGACUAGGCCGUUUGUAAGCGCUGUUGCAUCAUCAUCGUCAUCUUCAUCUUCAUCAUCACAAGGUUCUAAUGGGAGAGACACUUUCUUUGCACAAGAAAACGUUUCGUGGACUUCACUCGGUCUCUCUGAUACCAUUUCUCGAGCGCUCUCUGACAUUGGCCUCAAUAGACCCUCUCUCGUUCAGGCUUCUUCGGUACCAUCUGUGCUGUCAGGGAAGGAUGUUAUUAUUGCAGCGGAGACUGGGAGUGGUAAGACAUACAGUUACCUAGUUCCUCUAAUUGAUAAGCUAAGGGAUGCCCAGGAACAAUCUCUACAUGCUGUGUCUCAUCAAGAAGUGACCUCCCCACAGAAAGUUCUGCUCAUCCUUUGUCCGAAUGUGCAACUUUGUGAGCAGGUAGUUAGGAUGGCUAACAGUUUAUGUAGAGAUGAUGGUGAGGCGAUAGUCAGUGUGGCAGCCAUUUGUGGCAGACAGGGAUGGCCAAUUCGGGAGCCUGAUGUCAUUGUGACAACACCUGCUGCCCUUCUGAAUUAUGUUGACCUUGAUAGAACGCGCCGCAUGGAAUUUAUGCGUGGUGUUAAAUAUGUGGUUUUUGAUGAAGCUGACAUGCUUCUCUGUGGGAGCUUCCAGAAUAAAGUAAUCCGCCUGAUAAACUUGCUCCGCUUUGAUGAAAAAGUCUUGUCUCGAUCCAAAAAAUCAGUAGCAGAGUUUUCAAUGAAACAGGAAUAUUCCUUGUCAUCAGAAGAUGCUUUUGAAGGUGAAGGGGAACUUCUAACUGAAGCCACCUUAGAAGAGGACGAAAUUGUUGAUAUUAAUAAUGAAGAUGAAUCUGUCAAGCAAAGAGACUGGAGAAGAGUGAGGAAAUAUUAUGAGCGUAGUAAACAGUAUGUUUUUGUUGCUGCUACACUUCCAGUGAAUGGAAAGAAGACAGCUGGAGGGAUAUUGAAAUAUAUGUUUCCUGAUGCUGAGUGGGUUUGUGGAAACUAUCUGCAUUGUCACAAUCCGAGAUUGGAGCAAAAAUGGAUAGAAGUUACUGUUGAUACUCAAGUGGAUGAACUCAUAAAGGCUGUGAAUCACAGUUUCAGAUCCGAAGAUUUGCUUAAUGCUGGUGGCAUUCACAGAACAAUGGUGUUUGCCAACACUGUUGAGGCUGUAGAAGCUGUGGCAAAGAUAUUAAUCCGAUCUGGGAUUGAAUGUUCUCGUUAUCAUAAGAAUUGCACAUUGGAAGAGCGAGCACAGACAUUAGUUGAUUUUCAUGACAAAGGUGGUGUUCUUGUAUGUACUGAUGCUGCUGCUCGUGGUGUUGAUAUUCCAAAUGUUUUACAUGUUAUUCAGGCAGAUUUUGCUACUUCUGCUGUAGACUUUUUGCAUAGAGUUGGUCGUACAGCUAGAGCUGGUCAAAUUGGACUUGUUACUAGCAUGUACACCGAAUCCAAUAGGGAACUUGUUGAUGCAGUUCGUUGGGCAGAGGAACGUGGUCAACCUGUGGAAACUGCAUUUAGCAGGAAAAGAAGCUUCCGCAACAAGCUCAAGAAAAGGGGUAUUAAAGUGAGAGAUUCAGCAACUAUUAAAGAGAGUGCUUUAGCAUCAGAAUACUAG